AUGAAGUGCCCCCGGGAUUUCCAGACAGCAUUUGCCCUGGAGGAGAGCAGAGUGAAGCCCAGGGAAGAAUAUGCCCGCGGAGCCCCGGCGCCUCCACGCCAUUUCUUGGCUCAGGUACAGGAAUCAGAUUCAGCCCCCAAACCAGGCAGUAACAGUCAGGAUGGCUCCCUCAUUCCUGGGCCAUGCACAGAUCCUGGCAGCAUCUGUCAUGCCCAGCAAGAGCACAGCAAAGGUCCUGAGAAGCCCGGCAGCCCCACAGCGCCAGGGCCUCUCAGCCCCUCGGCCCUGCAACCCUGCAGCCCCGCAGCCCCUCGGCCCAGCAGCCCCGCAGCCCCACAGCGCCACAGCCCCGCAGCCCCUUGGCCCUGCACUGCAGCCUUGCAACCCCGCAGCCCCUCAACCCCGCAGCCCCUCGGCCCGGCAGCCCGCAGCCCUCAACCCCGCAGCUCCUCAACCCCAGUCCCGCAGCCCCGCAGCCCCACAGCCCCACAGCCCCGCAGCCCUGCAGUCCCUCAACCCUGCAGCCCCUCAACCCUGCAGUCCCGCAGUCCCGCAUCCCCUCAGCCCCACAGCCCCACAGCCCCACAGCCCCGCAGCCCCGCAGCCCCGCAGCCCCUCAACCCCGCAGCCCCGCAGCCCUGCAGUCCCUCAACCCCGCAGCCCCUCAACCCUGCAGUCCCGCAGCCCCACAGCGUCACAGCUUUCAGGAAGGACUACCAGUCUUAA